GGGUGUCAACAGGGAGAAAGAGAGCGGCGGCGCAGUUAGUCAGUGAGGGGCCGAGGUCCAUCCAGUCAGCCCAGUCACGCACCACCACAACCGCGUCUUCAGCCUGUCCGCCGCCCGCCGCUCACCGCCGCGAGCAUCCCCACCCACAUCGCUAGUCUGGCAGCACCCUACGUACUCUUCAUAUUGUGUGUGGCAUGCCUUCCGCGUUGCUAGUGUGAUGGUUAUAUAAGUGCAAUUUGUCAGGAGCGGCGAGGGCUCAGGUAAUCGUCACGCGAGUGCAGUUUUUAUUCUGCAGCCUUUUAUCUUCCCCUGGAUGCCUACGCACGGCGCACAGGUUGCACUGUUGCGGCUCCCGCCAUCUGCACGUCGCCGCAAGACAUCACGGGACAUGCCUGCAGUUUGGACGGCAGCGCUGGUGUGCCUCCUGGCAGGGAUGGCACCCCUGGCCCAAGCCAUCCAAGUCACAGUGGUGUGCGCCGACUUGGUGGGUGCAGGCGGGGUGGGCAUCCGUGUGUGGCCCAGCUUAAAGGCGUCACCAGAGAGGCACUCCAAGACCAUGCACUUCAGGCUGCUUCAGGUUAACUGGGAAGCCGAGAGGCUGCUGGAGGGAGACUGGGUAGGCCUGUUUGAGGAUGACCCGCGACCGCCGCACCUCAGGCCACCGCCCACACCGAUGCCACCCACCUCGCAUCGCGACUGGAGGGCGCCACAGCCAAUCUUCUGGGACACCCCGUUCGCAACUCAAGGCACUUUAACCACCAACUAUACGCAACCCCGCAUUGAGCUGAGUGUGCUGGCACGUGGUGGAUGUGUGGGUCCAUACGUGGGCUUCGUUAGGAACGGAGUGUGCGUGGCCGCGGAAUGUCUGGCAUCGCACCCAACCUGGCUCUAUGAUCACAGGGCGGUACUGGGGAACCGCUCACUAAGAUCAUUAGUGCUGCCUGGGACACACAACGCGGGCUCUUACUCCCUCGCGGAUGACAACGAUGUGGUGGCAUCUUGGGUGGUAUGUCAAGACGAAGACAUCCUCUCGCAGCUCCUUUACGGCAACCGGUAUCUUGACCUGCGCGUCGGCUACUACCCAGAAACUCGAGAGCUGCUGUGGAUUAAUCACGACCUGGUGCGCUGGCGACCCCUUCAAGAUGUCCUAGACGCCGUGCGGGGCUUUCUAGCACUAUCUCCUGAUCCAGUGAUUAUCGACAUCCACCGUACACCAGUUGGAUUUCAUCUCCCUGAAUCUCUGGAACUAAUGUUGUCCCUCAUGAACACGACAUUAGGGAGCCACUUCGUUCACAAUCGCCAUGGCCCACACGUCACGCUGGACGAUUUGUGGCAAAUGGGAAAACGUGUUGUCUUCACGUUUAUCGACCCCACUGUCUCUGACCACACGCCAUGGGUGUGGCCACCGGUGCCUCAGGCGUGGGCCAACGCUCAGCUGGUGGAUGAUCUUAGGACGUUCCUCGAUGCAGAGAUGAACAUGAGGUUUGAGUCUCCUCGCCUCUGGGCAGCGAUGGCUCACCUCACGCCAUCGCUCUGGGACCUACUAUUUCGAUCUCAUAUUGGUGUCCGUGGCUACACUGAUCGUGUGAAUUUCUCCAUCACUCGCUGGCUGCGGCAGCGGUGGGGGCACAUGGCUAACAUUGUGGCGUCAGACUUCUUCAUGGGCAAUAAUAUCAUUAACGUUGCAAUCAGAACCAAUCUUGCCCUGUCUAUGUGUCGUCCUUCUGACCCUUCACGGCACCCUUACACUCUGAGAUGGACCACUGAACUUGCACUGCGCUCUGGCUCUCCUUCCACCACCAUCCCACCAUUCGUCAGGAGAAUGUACUCUGGUGGAACCAUGUGGAGCACCACGGGUGUGCAUCAGAUCCACUAUCCCUUCAUCCCCAUUGACGCCAACAUCAGUAAAGUGUUCACUGCCAUUCCAAAUAGAAUUCCGUCAGAGGCUCCAGGAGUAACCUAUCAAGACAGCGGAGAUUCAUGGCACAAGAUAUUUCAUUACCCAACAGACGGCUCCACUCAGCCACCUGUGCCAAUCACGUCUCGUCCCCAUAGCCAACCCAUCAGUUCUACAACACCUCCAUCUGUGGCAGUAAAGUCCUCAUCCACAGCUAGUGUUGAGACCAUCAUGAUUAAUUGGGAUGACGUCGACAGUCAAGACUUCCUGGAUGAGGCUUUCUCAAGUGGAAUGAGUGAGAAUGCCCCUGUUAUUGCAUCCGAACUGCCAAGUUUAGGAGAAGGCAAUGUGCCUGUUCCAUUACCGCGCGAGCUUGCCAACAAUGAACUUGCGUAUGACGCGUUCAAUAACACUAACACCGUGCUUUCUACAAGCAAUAGAACCCCGAAUCAAAAUCAUACCGUCCUCUUGGACCAAAGACCACGUUUUGCGAUCGGCAGUGACAACUUAGAGAAUGAAUUUAUGUCAUCGCUUGGUAACAUUCAAAACAAUGAUGACUCCCUGUUACUCGUGAACAAUGAUACACUCAGUGACUCAUUGUCCGUCACAAACAACACAAACAGUAGUUCUUUUUCAACCAUUAUUAAUCCUACACAUGAUAAGUAUCACUUUAACACUACCCUUCAAAAUUCUGUGCAAAGCACUAACAAAAGCACAGAGGAUGACCGUUACUUACUAGUCAGUGAUGAUGUCAAAGAUACAAACAACUCGUCUUCUGUGCAGGACGAUGCCUUAAUGGUGUCCCCAACUGUCAGGAUGCUGUUCGAGCAAAGUCAAAGCGGGAUCGGCCGAUCAACAGGUAGCGGAGUUACUCGUGUGGUGUGGCACUCUGACAGCGCUGGGCCAGGCACUGAAUCCAUAAACGACAAAAGUGAAAGUGACCUUUUGGCUCUGCCUCGAUAUCAGACACCAGAACACUUAACAGAGCAACCUCGGCCAUCAGAGCCUUCAGCAAAAAUGGUUGGCGCUCCUACACUAACGAAGUAUUCUAGUGUUCCUCAAGUAAAAUCACAUACUGCAGUGAAAGAACAGGCUCGUGCUUCUACUGUUACAGUACGACCUAACACUCCUAUAUUAAGUUCCCAGUCUGCUGCAACAAUAAAAGUACAACCUACCACUUCUACAGUAAAAGUACAACCCGAUGAAUCCACAAUAACAACACCCAUGGGAGUGGUUGAUCUCACAGGGACGAAGUCAUCAUCUCAAGUUACCUAAGAGAUUAGUGAAUAUCCCUAUUUUUACGCUAAUAAGCAGAUAUUUGGUUAUCUGCUGCCUCUGUGAAUCGUCUUCCUUCUUGCUUACCCAUGAAUACUUGGAGGCCUCGUCUUAUAAAAGUGAGGAAAGCCACAAAUAUAUAGGAUUGUGUAAACAAUGGAAUAAUUCUUUAGACGUAUUUAAUUCUGGUUCUUGUGCGUUGAUCUUGCUGGAAGAUGGUGUUUUUGCUCUGUUAUCCUUUCUAUAUUUGGUGUUUUUUUUUUUUUUUUUUUACCAAUAUGGCCAUAUUCGCAAAUAUAUUUAAAAUUCGUAACAGUAUAUUUAUGAAAUGUUAAGCCACAGAGCAGGAGGUUGACGAUACAGAAUAUGUUAUGAUAACUUCUCGAGUUGGACGUUAACUAUCGUUAACUCUGCGUCACCAUCUUCCUUAUCUUUACUGAUCAGUGUGUGGUGCUUAGACCCGUGAUUAGUUAAUAUCUGGUUGAGUCCACCAGCCACGUCAACAGGAAUGGCCUUCAAAGACAGGUGUAUACGUACACAUGAUACAGCUAUCAGGAAGGUCACUAAUUAGAAUAAAAUUUCUUCAACAUGAGGAAACAUGCGUAAUCUUAUGUAGCUUAACAUCAAAGACGCUAGAAACACCUCGCCUGUUAACGUCUUCGUACAUGGUGAUGGAGAGGAGGUAAAAUACGGAGAAAGAAUCUAACAUGCACGUUAUGAUCCUAGACACACAGUCAAAGAUAUACAGUGUAGGCUCUAAAGAUGAACCGACAUGCUGAUGCUGAAGCUUGGAAUUUGACACCUAUAUUGUUCAGGUUAACUCAAUAGAAUAAUUCCUCUCUAAUGCAUUCACACACGCGUAGUUGGUGAUGGAUUAUAUAUUCUACUAUUCUUACUGGCGCUGAGUGAAAGAGGCGGCAGUUGUCCGGCCUGUUGCUUUGAAAACAAAUUAUAAAAUCGGAAGGAAAACAUAACAUGAAGUCCUUAAAUAAUUCAGUCAUUUAGACUUCGCCAGUCAAUGUUCCAUGUUACUCGUUACUGAAGCUUACAGGUACUUAAUGCCUCUCCAUCUAGUGGUUUGUCUCCUUUAGUCGGUUCUCGGAACGUCGCAUCUAACAGUACGUAUACACAAUUCUUCUGGCACGACAAAUCCGUAGUAUAGGUGAAGGGCAAUGGAUCUGAGUGUGCUUUACACAACAAAUCUUUAAAAUGCAUAAAAAGAUCGCCCUCAUUCUCGUUCAUUAAACAGGCUACACAAUAGUGUCACACGGUGAUCUGCAUUGUAGCUCGGGUUAUUAUUCAGGUUGGUUAGGUGUGUUUUUCAUUUCCAGCUCAGUAACGGAUGUUUGACAAUGCAAAGCCACAUAACAAAAUGAAAAUCCACGUUCAUUUACACAAUCACUGUGACACUUGACCACCGUCGAAAACUACAUACAAAAAAUCUCCUAAACAGAUCUAAGGCAAAUAUAAAGAAUAAAAAUGACACUGGUAUUCAUAAGAUUCAUAUGAUAAUUACCAUUUACGAAAUCCGUCCGAGUCUGUGGCAGUGUAGGAAGCCCUGACUUCGAGGUGAAUGAGAGAACAUAAUAUCCUUCUCUUAUGAAACCUCGACUUCCGAGGAUUGUGGUGUCAAAUGUGUAGAAUGGAAACAACCAGUACACGUGUUCCUUCAGAGGAGUUCGACCAGGUUCCUUACUCUCAACAUCAUGGUAGUAGUCCCAAGAAUUAACUACAGAUGUCAUUCAGUUCAGAGGCUUGGCUUUAAAGAGAUUAAAAUGAGGGAUCUGAUUUCACUACACGAUAUUAUAUAUAUAUAUAUAUAUAUAUAUAUAUAUAUAUAUAUAUAUAUAUAUAUAUAUAUAUAUAUAUAUAUAUAUAUAUAUAUAUAUAUAUAUAUAUAUAUAUAUAUAUACAAUUUGUUUAUUUUUACCACAGCUAUAAUAACUAAAUUGCCUUCGUUCGAGUGGUACAUACAUACAUAAUUAUAAUAUUAAUAAAACACACACACACACACACACACACACACACACACACACACACACUUUCUCUCCACCCAGACACAAGUAAAUGUACUCCACCCAGGCGUUCUCUGAACCCUGCCUGGCAUACUUAUUUACCGCUCAGAAUCGAUGGAGGAAAGUGGACAGAAGUGGAGAGAACUAGAGGGGGAGAGGAGGAGGAGGAGGAGGAGGAGGAGGAGGAGGAGGAGGAGGAGGAGGAGGAGGAGGAGGAGGAGGUGAACGUGAAGAAAGAAGGCAGACAUGAAAAGAGAAGGAAGAAUGAUGGGGGAGGCAAUGUAAAAGUUAAGAUUUACCAUGAGAGCUCUUAGAGGAGCCUCACCUGUUGACACACAGUCCAUAUGUUAAAGCAACAUUUAUUUUUUUAAUAGCUUGUCAUCUUCUGCAUAGCGGUGAAUGCGCUGAUGUAAGAUUGAUCUCCUUUCCUUCCGUACUUGAUACAAUGAGCCGCGGAAAACAUUGUAAGAAUUCUAGAAGUAAACAAAUAUGGCUGCAUUGAGAGCAUUAUUUUUCCUUCACGGAAUCCAUCAAGAAGACCUAGCCGGUGGAGAAAUUAAAAGUAAUGAUGUUUAGAAGCUGCCGGCUUUCACAACGCUACAAAUUUUUUUUACUAAAAAUACAAGAACUACCUAUCUUGUGUAUAUCUUAUCAAUGUGCCCUACUUACUUAUCUAACUUUCUACCUUCUUACAUAUCUACCUGCCUACACACACACACACACAC